UAUUAUUUUAUUAAUGAAUUAUAUUUUUAUACCGAAAGACAACAAUUUUAUAUUAUAAACAAAUAUAUAUCUAAUAUAUUGAACUGAAUUAUCAGUAAUUUAUAUAUUAAUAGUGAGAAUCGUUUAGUGUUUUUAUCGCAAACCAAUUGUCUAUCAAUUGUCUCAAUAAUAAUAAUCAAAUUUUUUAAUUAAUAACAUAAAAAUAAUUUGAAGAUAAUUAUCGGGAAAAAUGCCGGCAAGUCUUAUGUACGAAAUGGAUCACAACGUGACCACCGAUAGCCCACUUAAUGGAAACUCAGCCAUCGAUCAGCGGACCUAUCAGUUGGCCAUAGAGUUGUCGCGCUUCGGACUCGAUAGCGACUGCAAUGAGACCAUUGGUGGUCAACCAUUUGAUGCGGACAAUCGCAACAAGAAGUCACAGAACACUACCGAAUGUGUUCCCGUUCCCAGCAGUGAACACGUGGCCGAAAUCGUUGGCCGACAAGGCUGUAAGAUUAAAGCACUUCGAGCGAAGACCAAUACUUAUAUUAAGACACCGGUCAGAGGCGAGGAACCGGUGUUUGUGGUGACGGGACGUAAAGAGGACGUGAAUGCGGCCAAACGCGAGAUUCUUUCGGCCGCCGAGCACUUUAGCCAAAUACGGGCUCAGCGCAAGUCUAACCUGAAUGGUUCAAUUGGUGGACCCGUUCCUAAUGCCAACGUUCCCGGACAGACAACAAUUCAAGUUCGAGUUCCAUAUCGAGUUGUGGGUCUUGUAGUUGGACCUAAAGGUGCAACUAUUAAGAGAAUACAACAACAGACCAAUACAUAUAUCAUUACUCCAAGUCGUGAAAAGGAACCGGUGUUUGAAGUGACAGGUCUUCCCGAUAACGUCGAAACGGCCAGAAAGGAGAUUGAAGCGCACAUAGCUAUCCGCACGGGUGGCCAAAUUGAUUCAUCGGGCAAUGGCAGCGAUGAAAGCAGUUCAGACUUUUCUAACUCUCCACUACUCAAUGGUAUUGAUAAUCCAUUUGCCACAAACACAACCAACGGAUUUGGAUCACAAUUCAAGACAUCAACGGAUCCGUUCAGCGCCUUCUCAUCGCGUGCUUCGGACACUUCAAACAACUCAUUGAUCACCCGAUCGACUAACGAUAUCUUUAAUUUCGUGAACCAAAACAAAUUGAGUGACAUAUACUCACUGUUUUCCGCCAACGCGGCCAAUGGUUUCGCCAAAUCGAUAUCCAGCGGCUCGUAUGACACGGACGAAGGCAUCGGUGAAUCUCCAACUUUCGACUCCGUCGGCAGUAACGGCAGUAACACAAUUGCCAGCUCUGUUUGGCCGGACUUCUCAACUCAACGCACCUACAUUUCCAACAUCUCGCCAUUAGACCGCCGCAGCUCAAGUCUGGACAGUCCCAUCACAUCCAACACAACAAAUACCACCCCAUCAAUGAUCUAAAUUAUACGGUAACAUCAUUUAGCACCCAUUGAUUACUCAAUAUUUAAUAAUAUUUUUAUCAGUUUUUAAAACAUUAUUUUUUAAUUAAAAACAAACACAAAAGCAAAUCAGUAUUUUACAGCAAAUUAUAUAACAAAUUGAUUAUCACAACAGUCUAAACAUUGUUGUUAUAUAACAUUAAAUAAUGAUGUAUUGAAUUAAUUGAUUGUGUGUGUAGUGUAAGAGCAGCUCAUGAGAAACACUUUAAACAAAAAACAUUUGAUAUAAUUAUAACUUAAACAACAAAAAAAUCAAAGACUUAGAACUCAAACACAAACUUUGAAACUCAAAUUUUUUAUUAUUAAUUAUUAUUAUAAUUAUUACUCAUUUUUAAAUUUUAUUA